GGGGCGCCGGGCCGCGCGCGCGGGGAGGGCAGGGAAGGCGGCGGCUCGCGCUCCCGCGCCCACCGGAGCGGGGCACCCGGCGGGGCGGGACGGGGCACACUGCACCAAGAUGACACCAGCAACUCGACAAGAAGUUCUUGGCCUUUACCGCAAAGUUUUCCGAAUAGCCAAAAACUGGCAGUCGGCAUCAGGACAGAUUGAGGAAACCAUGAGAGAGAAAGAGUACAUUAGAAAUGAAGCCAGAACAUUAUUCCGAAAAAACAAAAACGUAACAGAUCCAAAUCUGAUUAAGCAGUGCAUAGAAGAAUGUGAGGCAAGAAUAGAAAUUGGACUUCACUAUAACAUCCCCUACCCGAGACCUAUCCAUCUGCCUCCUAUGGGCCUUGCCCAUAAACAAGGCCGUGCAUUGCGACACCAGGAGAGGUUAAGGAAGAUUUCUAAGCCAAUAUAUCUGAAAUCCCACGAUGAAGUUUCAUAAGCCACCAUUUAAGCUGUGGUGUGUAAUCACAUCCUUUGAACUGUGAACUGCAAUCUGGGUGAUUUGUGUGCACGACUGUGAAUAGUGUGGGCACUUGCUGACACAUUUCCUGAGGCCAAAAAGCCAACUGAUCCAUUGUGUAUGAUGGAUAAGGUUGGUUUAGUAUUUAUUACAUUUCAACCACUGACUUGUCAAUAAAAGUAACACUUUUUAAGGAGUGAGGUGUGAUACUAAGAUUACUUUGACAUCAGGACAAACUGCAGCAGGAUUUCAAACUGUUUAUCUGUAACAGGGUUCUCUAGUGGCUUGAGGGAUCUCUGUGCUCAGUUAUGACUCAAGACUGUGCCUUGCCUAAGGUCAGCCAAAAUUAAGGAAGUCUGGGACAGUCAAGCAGACACAGUUCCUCCAGAGCUUUUGAAUGCCAGUGGGAAUACAGCCACUGCACCAUACACCUGCUCUGCUUCCUCUCUGCUCCCUGCUCUGCCUGCUGUCCCUGCAGGAGAGCUCCAGUUUCACAGUAACCUGAUGGGGAAGUUUUGUUUCUGGACAGUAGAAAAAGAGACAGCAGAAGUGCCACUGCUCCUUUGCAAACUGCAGGGGAGUGGCCUAGAGUCUCUAUGUCAGCUUUUUUCUCUCUUCCUUUGGAGAGGGUGUGGAUGUGAAAUGCAAAAUUUGGAAUGCUAUUACACAACUCUGAGUAAAACAUUCCAGUGUUGGGUUUCUCAGGUUCCCAUGUAUGGACUGGCUGAAAACACUGCCUUCGGGGUAUCACUAUGGGAACAACCUUAGGAUGCUUUGGUGUCCUCACUGUGUGUUUUCACUCAGCUUUUCAGCAUAAUCAGCAUACUGGCUUUCUCAACAAUUAUUUUAAUUUUACUGUUAGGUUUUAAGUCUUAUGUUAUGGAUUGAACCCUAACUUUAGGAAAAGAAAGUAUCUACAAAUCUCC